AAAAAAAAAAAAGAAAAAAAAAAGCAGACUAUUUCAGUAUUUGCAGUUAUAAUUGUACCAUUGUUUUGCAAUGCAGCAGAGAAAGCUUUAAAAUGAGACAUAGGAGAAUGGGAGGGAUGGCAAGGUCUGAGCUCUCAGGUUUAGUUAGGAUUAGUGUUCCUGCUCAAAAAGACUCUGCAGCAAGGGAUGGGAUGGGUGUGAACCACACUCUCUCCUUUCAUUGCUGAUGCACAGCAAUGCUCUCAAAAUAAUUUUUUUCUAAGUCUGACCAUAAAUCUGGAGAUGAAAAAUUACACAAAAUUAUCUGAGAUGAAUCGAGUGAGAUGCACCAGACCCGGUGGUCUAGGAAGUUUCGAACCUUCGAUUCCGAAACUGCCUAAUGUCGUGGGACGCUGGGGAGUUCUCAGUUUUAAAUUCCCUGCGGGAGAGGGCGCGGUCCCUUCGUUGCAGCAGCUGCUGCGAUGGCGUUUUUAAGCGGGACGCCGCAGCCGUGCUGGGGCGGGAUUCUCGCGGCCCUGGGGAGGAGCAGCGCGCCGGGGCUGCGCGGGGCGGCCGGGCCGAGCUGGGAGUGUGGCCGCCGGAAGCAAUCGCUCCACGUCCGGGUCGGGUGAGGCCGGCGGGGCGAUGCCGCUGGUGGUGCUGUGCGGGCGGCCGGGCAGCGGCAAGAGCCGGCGGGCGGCCGAGCUGCGGGAGGCGCUGGGCGGCCCGGAGCGGCCGGCGCACGUCGUGGCCGAGGCGGAGGGCGGCCGGGCGGAGCUGCGGGCCGAGGUGGAGCGGCGGCUGAGCCGGCGGGACGUGGUGAUCGUGGACGCGGGCAACGAGCUGCGGAGCAUCCGCUACGAGCUGUACUGCGCGGCGCGGCAGGCAGGCACGGCGCGCUGCGUGCUGCACUGCGCCGGCGGCGCGGGCGGCCCCGACGAGCCGCCCUUCGAGGAGCCCGAGCCGAGCUGCCGCUGGGACCGGCCGCUGUUCACGGUGCGCGGGGAGGAGCCGCUGCCGCUGGGCGCCAUCCGCGCCGCGCUGUUCGAGAGCGCCCCGCCGCCGCCGCACCGCGCCACCCGCGCGCAGCCGCUGCAGUCCUGCGGCUUCCUGCACCAGCUGGACCGCGUCACCCAGGACGUGCUGGCCGCCGUGCUGGCCGCGCAGAGGAGCGGCGCGCAGCCCGGAGAGACCAUCCGCGUCCCCGGCGUGCCCGAGGGGCUGGUGCUGAGCCGGCCCGUGAGCGUGGCUGAGCUGAGCCGGCUGCGGAGGCAGUUCAUCAGCUACACCAAGAUGCAGCCCAGCGAUGAAAACCUGCCCCAGCUGGCCAGCAUGUUCCUGCAGUACCUCAGCCGCAGCAUCCAGUGAAGUGUCACCUGUGCCACUCAGCAGGGACGGUGGUCGGGCCCCGAGGUGCUCGCAGCGGGAAGAAUGUGACUUCAGCACAGACCGUGCAGAGCCCGGUUUCCACCUGUCGGGGGUCGGAGCACUUGGCAGCAGCAGCUCUGGGAAGGUGGGGCCGUGUCUUUGCCGCAGCCGAGCCAGCUGCAUUGCUGGGGGGAUCUCUGGGGAAGCAAUUCCUCAUACCUGCGUUCUCCCCACUGGCAUCCUGCAAAAAGGAGAGCUACUGUGCAUCCCCAAGCAAGUGAGGUCUCCUGUGGAGACGCAAACCCCAGUACUCAAAUAGUGUGGCAUGAAAGUGCAAAAGGUGAUGACUGUAGGGAAAACUUUUCCCCUCACAUUGGCAUGUGUAUGCUUGGAAUAAGAAGAUUGGUUUUCCAGAGCUGCCUCCAGAUAAUGUCAAACUAUAGAAGAGACUUCAGGUCCAGAACUGGAACAGGCUAUAUUUUUAGGACGUGACUGUUUCAAAAAAUCUGACUGAGCCCAAGAGAUUUUCAACUCUGCACUGCAAAAGGGUGCUGGCUUAACAAACUCAAACAUCUCUGUUUCAGGUCUAAUAAUAAAAUAUGUGCCUUAAAUGGAGUAAAGUCUUAAUUUACUUGCAGGACUAUUUUAUUGAAAUAACUUUGCCAUGUCUUUUUUCUUCAAGGUCAUCAUUAUAACUCUGUUAAAAACAUGAAUUGCUUAAGAAUGAGUUCUGUCAUAGGAAAAAUGAGCUAAAAUGACAGUGUUUGUUCUGUGUGGAACUCAUAAGUCUGUACUGGCUGUGAUGGUUAGCUAAGUUUCCAGUCAUUUUGGGUACAACUUAUAUAAACUCACUUUCUGGUGGAUGCUUCAUUCUUCAUUCUAAUAAAUGGUAGCUUUUGGUUUUAAUUUUA